AGAUGGGCGCAUCUCUUCAGCAAUGUAUGGACAUGUUAGAGAAGAACAAGAAGGAUCAAGAGGUUCUUAACGCAGCCUUGCAAGCCUUCGUGUCACGCCCUCGUUCUCCACCUCCAUCUGCUUUACUUCCACCUGAAUAUCUUUUGCAAACCGUAGAAGAACCCAUACUCGCCUCAGUCCGCUCACAUAUACAACCGCUCUUUUCUCAACUUCGCAUAGAGCUCGCCGAGAUGUUGCGCACUCGGAACGCAGAUAUAUAUAACGCGCUAUGGCCCAAGCUUGGCCUUACGUUGCGUAUGAUUGAUACAAUCCAAGCUCGUAUCAAUUUAGGAAGUGCAGAAGCCCCGCCGAACGCAGCAGCGAGUACGGAAUGAUUUAAUUCGACGGUUGAUGGUUAUUGUUUGUGAAGCUUUCCAUUGUCAUUCUCGUAUGCGCGAUGUUCCC